GGGAAGACGAGAGAAGCGGGCUGAUUUCCUCUACUAUGGAUGGGGAUAUCUACGAUCAAUUUGGGGAGACCAUUGACAGAAGGCUUGGAGGAGUGAGRGYUGAAGCCCAACGAAGAGCGGYAGCGGGACCACCGCCCCCUGCCAUGUUCAGGSUAUGGCARGAAAAGGAGGAACCACCGUUUGGGGUGGAAGAAGUGGGAAGUGAUGAGGAAGUGACUCAAGGGCUACGAGGAGGAAGUGAGAUGGAAGAGGCCAUAAUCAUCGAGUCAGAUGACGAGGAGGAGGAGGAAARAACGGAKCCUCCGUCCGUCUUAUUUGAGAAGAUGAAGGACUUGCUGGAUAAGAUGGGGAGGGGACGGCUCAAACAGGGUUCCCAAAGGCGGUACAAGACGGUAGAUAAGAAAUGCCGCCCGGUACCCGUCCUCGUUACAGAGGACGAGGAAGCAUAUUACGAGAGGAAACGAGGGUUGAUUCGACAAAUGAGGGAAAGUGCUUUAGCAGGGCCAUGUCGUAUCAACGAAGGGAACGAGAAGGAGUUGAUCAUAGGGAAGUCUGAUUUCCUGCUGCCUCAGGAGCGAACGCUGAUGGUGGAAUUAAUGAAGAGGAAGCAUCGCGCCUACACAUUUAGUGACGAGGAGCGGGGCAGGCUGGAUGUAGAUAAGAUACCUAUGAUCCGCAUCCACACCAUGCCACACGAGCCUUGGAACAUGAGAGGGGCGCGGUAUCCCAAUCCUGACGAGGAAAGGAAGGUGGUGGAUUAUCUCGACGGCAAGAUACGUACUCACGUCGCCGACUAUUCAAGUGGACCGUAUGCGUCCCCGUGGUUCUGCUUUAUUAAGCCUAACGGGACGCUGCGGUGGGUGCAGGAUUUGCAAAGAUUGAAUGCAGUGACCGUGCGAGAUGCUAGAGGACUGCCGAAUGCAGACGCGCUGUCAGAGUCCUGUGCUGGAAGACCUAUAAUUUCGCUUAUAGACCUUUACUUAGGAUACGAUCAGUUCUCAGUCUACCCGCCGGAUAGGCCGGUGACAGCUAUGCACAACCCGCGAGGAUUAGUCUACAUGAACGUGGCCCCACAAGGGUGGACCAACGCAGUAGCAAUGGUCCAACGAGCCAUGAUUCGGGCCAUGCAGUCAGUCAGCCUCCAUAUCACACAGCCAUACAUUGACGAUUUGACAGUGAAGGGGCCGGCGAUGAAAGAGAGCGACGAAGUCUCACCAGGGGUAAGGCGCUUUGUCUCGAAACACAUCCAGGACCUCGAAAAGGUUCUGAGCUUGCUCGAAGAGCAUAACCUCACGCAGAGAGGAGAGGAGCUUCCAUCGCCAGUCAGAGCCGGGUUUGGGGUGGCCAGGAAGGCGGAAGAAAGGUUAGAUAGUAAAAUCAAGUUCCUAGCCAAGACCACUUUUGACCGGCACUUGUUAUUGGAGGGCGAUCUGGCGGGGAAGAAAAUGAAGGAAGCCAGCCAUGGAGUACGUCUGGAGGCUAUGAAGAUGGAAAUUCAGGAACUUAGGGCUUUGGUGGCCAGCCAAGCAGCUAUCAUUGAGAGCCUGAGGCAGCAAACCCAGGGAAGGCAGCCAGGACAGGGAUUGUCAAGACAGCCAUCUGCGACAGAGCCUCGCCAGGAGCCACCUAUGGGGAGGGUUAUCCUGGAAUCAGAGGAGGCGAGAGCACAGAGGCAGGCAGAGAGAGAGGCGUUCGAGUUUAGAGCCCCUACUGAGCUCGCGACGCUGCCGGUGGCGGCGGCAGGCCCAGUCGUACCUUUGGCAGUAGAGGAGGGGCUGCCACCAUCUAGCAGUGAGCCGGCUCAGGGCUCGUCAGAGGGAUCCAUGGGCGUGCUCCUUGAGGCGGUGCAUACUAUGCAGGAGGAGGUGAGUUUGUUUUCACCUGAGCAGAGGAUAGAGGAGCCUCUUGAGAGAGAGAUGGGGAUUGAGGAGGAGGGUGCCAUCGAGGGCAGACUCCAGAGAAUAGGCACACCUGAGUAUGGACCAGAGGAGAUUGAGGAGCAGCCCACGGUAGUGCCAGAGGCGGCACUCGAGAGGAGGUCUCAGAGGUUGGACACGCCCGAGUAUGUUCCAGCGACAGAGGAUUUGAGAGGCAAACUAGGAUUUUGGGCUACUGGAUCUGGGUCUGGUGGACCAGUUCCGGGGACAGAGCAGCAGGAAGUCGUUAGUACCGCAGCUCCUCAAGCAGAGCAGCAGGGGUUUAUCAGUACCUUGGCAGGAUCUCCUUCAUCACCACCUCCUCAGCCAAGGAAGAAAAAGUUCAAGAGGAAGGUUGAUCAACUAUGUUUCUACUGCAAGAGGAGCGCGCAUCAUGCUUUGGACUGUCUCGAGUUUCUUGAGGAUAAGGCAGCAGGGAAGAUCUCAGAGGUAGGGGGUAAAAUAUACGAUAGACAGGGUAGGGUAGUAGAGAAGUCUGCAAAUGGACUUAGGGCUCAGUUAUAUAGGCAAAACCAGGAGAAGUUGAGGAGGUAAGGCCGGCUUUGUCUAUAUAAGCGAGCGAGCAUUUUGUGAGGCAUCAACUUAG